CCGGGCGGACGCUGCGCCUGUGGGCUCGGGCCGCCGGAGCCGUCGCUCUGCGCUGUCGGGGCCGCCGCGGUUAUGCGCGGCCGAGAUGGUGCCGCCGUCCGGCGCUAAGCUCCGCCUCCUCGCCUCGCUGCUGUUGCUCGCCGCCCCCGGCGCCUGCCCGCUGAGCCGCCCCCCGGGGCCGCCCGUCGUGCUGGUCCCAGGGGAUUUGGGUAACCAAUUGGAAGCAAAACUUGACAAACCCACAGUGGUACACUACCUCUGCUCCAAGAAGACAGAAAGUUACUUUACUCUCUGGCUGAAUUUAGAAUUGCUGCUGCCUGUCAUCAUUGACUGCUGGAUCGACAAUAUCAGGCUGAUAUACAAUCGGACAAAUAAGAUCACAGAGCCACCAGAUGGAGUGGAUGUCAGAGUUCCAGGGUUUGGGCAGACAUUUGCCUUGGAGUUCCUUGAUCCUAGUAAAAGAAAUGUUGGUACUUACUUUUACACACUGGUGCAGAGUCUGGUAGAUUGGGGCUACCAGAGAGACGAAGAUGUAAGAGGAGCUCCUUAUGACUGGCGGAAGGCACCAAAUGAGAAUGGAGACUAUUUUGUUGCACUUCGGAAGAUGAUAGAGUCUAUGUAUGAACAGUAUGGAAGUCCUGUGGUGUUAAUUGCUCACAGUAUGGGUAAUAUGUACACGCUGUACUUCCUCAAUCACCAGACUCAAGAAUGGAAAGACAAGCACAUAAAGGAUUAUGUGUCGCUAGGUGCCCCAUGGGGAGGUGUGGCUAAAACCCUCCGAGUGCUGGCUUCAGGUGACAACAACAGGAUACCUGUCAUCAGUCCACUUAAGAUCAGAGACCAGCAAAGAUCUGCAGUUUCAACCAAUUGGAUGCUCCCUUACAACUACACAUGGCCUCCAGACAAGAUCUUUGUAAGCACACCCACUGCUAACUACACUAUCCAGGACUACCAAAAAUUCUAUAAGGACAUCAACUUUGAAGAUGGCUGGCUUAUGAGACGAGACACUGAGCCCUUGGUCUACCAGAUGAUACCACCUGGUGUGCGCAUCCACUGUCUUUAUGGCACUGGUGUAGAAACCCCCGACUCAUUCUAUUAUGAUAUGUUUCCUGACAAAGAGCCCAAGAUUGUGUACAGUGAUGGGGAUGGUACAGUGAACUUGCAGAGUGCCAUACAAUGUCAAAAGUGGGUGGGCAUGCAAGAGGAGGAGGUGCUGUUGUUCGAGCUGUCUGGAAAUGAGCAUAUUGAGAUGCUGUCAAAUGUUACAACUAUUUCUUAUGUGAAAAGGCUGCUUUUUGGUUUGUGACACUGUAUGUUGGCUCUUUUCCAUGAUGCCUUCCCUUAAAUAAGGGAAAAUGCCUUUUGAUCCCCUGGUUUUUAGGCAUUUGGGUUAUUUAUUUGUUGUUUUUGGGAUACUUCUCCCCAAAGCCAUUUUCAGAAAGCUGUUUUGGUGUCCUUAAUGCUCACUUGUCUCUUGAAUGAGUGUUCAAAAUGCAUCAUGGUGUUUCACAGUUUGAAGGCUGUCAUGUGCAUUUGAUUUGGUGCCUUUAGUGGAAGUGUCCCGUGUUCAUACAGACAUUCAUUUGAAUGUGAAAUCCUUUUGUGCAGAAUGUACAGCCUAUGCUGUUUCCUAUGUGUAAUCUUUGUUGGGGGGGAGAAAUAUUGCUUACUGUUCAGUGUCAGUUGUGCAGUAAAAAGAAAGAUGUCAAGAAUUGGGAAGGCAGCAGUGUUCCUCCAAGAUCUGAUAUCUUAAUAGUUCAGCUUGCAAAUGGGAUCUAGCAGCAGGUAUUACAGACUUGGAGUUAAAUGCUGCUUUUUUUUUUUCCUUUGUUGCUUUUGUUACAUCUAGCCUUUCUGUAACAUUCAUAUUUUUCCUGGAAAAGAGAUGUGUGUUUAAUGCUUAUGAUUCUUUAUUGGGUAUAUUUGCAAAAGUCAGGAGAGACCUAGUUGUCCUUUACACUGAGACCUGGAUGACUUGGCAUCUAGAUCCCUAGGACUGCUAGCAAUCUUUUACUUUUUUCCUUUUUUAGUGCUAAGAAAAACCUAAAACUUGGGGAUCCCUGUAGCCAUUCACAUAUGCAGCAAACAUCAACAUCUACAACAGUGAAUACUGGCAAAUGCAGAAGAUGCACAAUUUGUGUCAGUGUGAAAAAUUACCACUGUUUCUCAAAAGGUGGGAGAUAAACAGGCAACUAUUUAAAACAAAGCAAAGCUCUAAAUUUCCUAGAGCUGGGAUAAACUUGAGUGCAAUACAGUGUAAAGUAUGUAACUUGCUUCCAACCAAAUAGUUUUGUUUAGAUCCAGAUUCCAGUUCAUUGACAAUCUUUUAAUAUGAAUCAAAAUCAUAUUUCAGUGGUAAGAAGUUUAGUGUAGAUAUACUUCCUGUAGUGGCACCAAGUUGGCCCUAAUUAGGGUUGAGAAAUUAACUUUUAGUGUGAAAAUAAUUUCACAUUUACACUUCCCAAUCAAGUCUGUGAACCUUACACAAUAGUCCAUUUAAAGUCUUUGUAUAACUGGGGAAGUGUUACUGGGAGAUUCUUCUGCACAAGCGUUAGAACAAGUCACCAGUUUGAUCACAUUUCUUUGCUUUUGAUAAGAAUUCUGAGUGCUUUCAGUACCUGGCUCUUCAGGAAAAGAUACCUUCAGAGUUCUUGACUGAAAUUCUUCAGGGGAAACCAAACAAAAAAUUUGCUUUAUAUUUUUAGGAGAUUCCAAUAGUCUAAAAAGUAAACUUUAACUACUUUCAGUCAGGCAUGGAUGGAGGUUGCUACCAUUGAGAGAUGCAAGUAAGAUUUCUUUAAACGACAGUAGUUUCAAGUGCUUAUUAUUGCAGAAAGUUAAGCUUGAGAUGGGUAGAUGUGCUGGAUUGGUUAAUCACUUUUAAACUUCUUAACUGAGGUCAUGGGUAGGUUUUAAAAUCUUUCUGGAUUCACUGACUUUUUAAUACAAUCUUACUCUUCCUUCUGUGCCCUCUAGACUUCUUAUAACUGAAGUAGGACAAGUAUUCCCAGCAGAACUUAAUGUCUGUCAUUUGUAACUGGCAAUCCAGGAGCUAGAGCUCAGCAAUUCAAUGGCACAAGCUCUUCUGCUUCUGUCUCCUUUAUGCUAGUGGACAGUGGCUUACUUUAUUUAAAUCCAUGUGGCACAGAGAAGUCCUUUAAAGCUGAAGCCUGUAUUUGGAAUAGGGCUCUGUAGUGUAGGUUUUCCCAGAUACGUGUGCUAAGAACCACAGUUCUAUUCAAAGGCUGUUUGUGAUCAACUCCAUUCUGAAUUAUUGCAGACCAAUCAUACAUUAAAUAUCUGUAACUGUCUGGGUGUACCCAAUAGGGAUAUCAGAGGAAUGUGGAAAGAAUCUAGAUUAAUAACUUUACCUGGUCUGAAGAAUGUUUCCUUUUCUAUGGAUCUGUUUGGUUGCUCAUGCAUUUUAGUUUUAUGAAGUUCUAACAAUUUUAUAGGAAGAGCUUAGCUUUGGUCCUUUUUAGACUUGGAAAAGAAACUGAUGGUUCCAAAAGAGCUGCCUGCAUUAUUUUUGUUAGAAUUUGGUCACUCCAACACUUUCUUCCUUUUGGGGAUAAAAAUCAAUCCUGUAUUUUUCAGUUGAUUAAUUAUCUUAUACCUAGGGACCUAUUCAAAUCAAGAUUUGCAUGGAUUUUGCAGAAACUGUGAAGUCAGGCAAUCUGUGAAACCCAUGUUAGGGGACAGGGCAGGCUUCCCAAAAAAACUAGCUAAGUUUUGCCUGGAGUCCUCCAGGCCAUGCAGCUCAGUCUGAAAGGGACUGCCAGUACGAAGGCAAGAUGGCUGCCACCCCUGCUCCUUGCUGCUGAUUUGAUGAGGGAUAAGGCUACACAAUGGAUAGCCCUCUCCACCAAUCAGCAGUGGAGGGUGGAGUCACUGGGGCCCCAUGACCAAUCAAAGACGUGAGGGGACACCAGGAUAAGCUGAUGAAAAUGGCAGCCAGCCCUGUGAUCUGUCCAUGAAAUUGGCCAUCUGUCUUCUUGAGCUGGGUAGACCCCUACUUGCACCUUGCUCUUAAUGCAAGCAACUUAGUCCAUGCUUACUCUUAGUUUUCCAUUAGCUGAUGGGCCUUCUAGAGUCACCUCCUUUUCCAAGUAAGUCUGCUUAGCUGCUUUUUAACUCAUUGCAAGGUGGAAUUGACAACUCUCCACACCUAGUAGACUUGUAAUCUGUCAGGUUGAAUCUGGGCUUUCCUGAGCAGAAUUGCUCUGCUUAGAUUUCAUUGAGUUCUCAUCACUAACAUGCUAAGAUAUGCACAGGCCUGCUAAUUAACUGAUUGGGAAGGUUACAGGUUGGAGGAUAUAAGAUGGAAUGACUUCUUCUUUUUCCAUCAAACCUUUUUAAGACUUCUUUUCUGCCUAUCCUGCAUCUUGAGAGAGAAAUGUCAUCAGUCUAAACUUUAAAAUACCUGGUGUAUAUGCUUCAAAAUGUAGAGCAAGUUGAAUGGUGUGCACAGAAGGAAAUUUUCAUUAUCAUUUAUCUCUCUACAUUACAGGGCAAAACUAAGUAUUUUAGUAUCACCGUAAUAGUCUAAAGUUACACAACCAUUGUAGGAUCUUGCAGAGAAGGUCAGAGGAAAUGUUAAAUAUUGCUGGGAAGGGGUUCAUAUGACACUAGAAGAGAAAAGGAGUACCUUGGGUACUUUGCCACACCCUGUAUUUGAAGUGUAUCAUUUUGCACAAAUUCCUUCCAUUUUAUAUCCAUUUACUUACAACUUGUCAACAUGUCCCUUUUUGCCUAGUUUUUAGGAUGCAUUUAGAAACCAAAAAUAAUUUUGAGGACCAAAUAUAUUACUUAUUUUUGAAAAAUAUAUAGAGAGAAAUUGCUGGAGGGACUUCAGCUAUUGUAAUACUUCUGCAAGGGUUCAGGGUCACCAUGUGAUUCUGCUAGGAGCAGAAGAUUUCAAUAUCAAGCAAUAAUUGCAAAGGAUUUGCAGGCCAAAGGGAAGAAGUUUGGUAUUAAGACAGUUCUUGAAGCACUGUGUGUUCAAGGCCCGUUUUGAAUUCAGGGAAUGUUCGGCAAUUACUUUGCUGCUCUACACUUAACAGUAUUUUGUAUGGAUCAUAAUCUGGUGAUACCCAGCAUUUUAUAUGCCUCUUGGUGUAUGAAUGAGUUGAAUAGAUUUUGCAUAUUUUAUUGUCAUACUUUGAUAAUGUAAUAAAGUUGAUCUAAUACUGAA